ACCUUCUCCCCUUCAAACGCAGAGCCACCCCCAGCGGCGACUGUGACUACAUUUGGAGCGACUCGCUGCAGUGAGGGAUCAGUGGGGAGGGACCACCGGCUGCAAUAAGGCUCCCGGGGCCCAUUCAGUUUACUUGAUGAACAGAUAAAUACCAAAAUCCUUGAGAGGGGCAUGGAUGCAACAGAGAAGCCAGUUCUGGAGCCCAGAGCAGAGCGGAUCGCCCGCUACAAGGCCGACAGGAGGCGAGAGCUGGCUGAACGCUAUGGAGACUUAGAGGAGCUUCCCUCCAAGUGGGUGAGACGGGAUGGAAAGGAGCUGAACAACUCAGCCACCCCAGCCCAUGGUGGGGUGUUACACCCAGGUGGCUCCAGUGAAAGAGUUAAUGGCAGAACACGAGAAGUUAGAAAUGGAGUCGAGGCCGAUGCUCCUGCAGAGCCAAACUACCUGAGAAGCCAGAGUUGCCAAAAUUCUGCAAACGUCCAGAGUGAGGACGGGCACCAUGUCCAUCCAAGACCCGAUGCCCCACAGCUCCACACUCGGGUGUCAGUGGGCCAGUUGAGGAGUGUCCUCCUGCAGCAGACAGAGAGCGGAGAAGGCCAGGAGAAACUUGAUCCUGAUGCUGGCCAAACCACGUCCUCUUUGGACCUGGCUGUUGGUUCUGAGGGAGGCCGGCGGCGGACCAGGCGUUACCUUCCAGGCGGAUCAGGAGGGGGCCGCAAAACCAGCGAGCGCUUCAGGACACAGCCAAUCACAGCCAAUGAGAUGGAGGAGAGCACCGGGCUCAUGGAUGCAGAGGAAAACAACAAGAAAGUGGAUGUGAAAACAGAUGAUAGAUCCAAAAUGAGCGUGGCAGCCAAGAUGUCUCUGUUUAAAGAACUGGAGAAGUCAUCUGCCCCUGAUUCCUCUGCUCUGUUGAAGCCUCGCUCAGGCAGCAGCUUUCAUGAACGGAGGACGCGCCGUGGCAACGACCCUCGCUUUCUCACUCAGCCAAUCACCUGUGAGGAAAUGGUGGCAAUAAGCACUCCUCCAUCAGCAGAUAUCCGGUCUGGGCAGGUUGAAUCAGUGGGGGACGGAGAUGAAAGCUGCAGGAUGAGCAUGAGAGACAAGCUGGCCCUCUUUAACAGACUGUCUGUACAUGGAAAGAAUGGGGCCAGCCCCACCGGCGGGCCCCCAGAGAGGCGAAAGCAAAAAGGAGCUCGGUACCGUACCCAGCCCAUCACAGUAGACGAAGUCAGUCUGCUUCAGAAAGGCCCCAUUCAGCUUCCUGCCUUCAGUUUGUCCCCUAAUCUGUACGACAGACAGCAGGCCUCGUCUGUUAAUCUAAAACCCAGCGAGGUGCUCCUUAUACAACCAAAAUCUGAACUUUCAGAACCUGAAUCAACACACCAGGGCUCACAGGAGUACAAUUCUGAGCCGUGCUUGAAGGGGAUCCUGAAGAAGAGACGGCCUGAAGGCUCAGAGUGGAGCGAGAACGAAGGUCGGGAACUGCCACAAAACCAGCAACAGAAUGGUGAAGACUGCACAGAUGCAGAGAUGUUUGGGAGGAUAGAAGGAGCUGAGAGGCUGGAAUCACAGAGAGAGACAUCAGAAGUGGAGCGUAGUUCUGUCAAAGUAGCUCCCUGGAGGCAGAGAGCUCGAAACAGGAUGGAGACCCCAACACAAGUCCUGUCAGAGCAGGAUGCUCCUCAGGAGGAGUGGCCUUCUCAGAGCUCACCACAGGAGAUCAUUUCCUCUGCGGCAAACAGCUCAGAUGUUACUGGAACACAAGCUGAAGAGCAGAGUAUUGAAGAAGACAAGCCCAAACCAACAGUUUCGGUCUCUGUCGGAGUUUGCUUGCCUAAACUACAGGAAGAAGCAGGGGACCAAUCAGAAAGCCCUGUUUGUGAGACACCUCAGUGCUGGGAACCUGUCUUUGCCUCUGUCUAUGCUAUCAAUACACCCCAAUAUAUCAUGUGUUUUAAUCAGACCAAUAUGUGCUUUGAGGCCCAAGAAGUCUCCCCUCCUACAAAGAGCCCGAUCCAGCCCCAGUGGAGACAGAAGGUUAAAGAAGCUGAGAAUGAGCUUCAGAAGGAAGAAGCGGAAGAGAGGACAACACAGCAGCAAAGCGAUGAGCAGGAAGCUUCGAUCGGUAUUAAGAGGGGAUCUCCUGCUGAAACAGACAGAAGUGAAAUUUCCAAUAAGAAGAUGGACUCCAGUGAUGCUUUCACAGACAGUGUCUCACACAUAGACCCGGCUCAAGAAGAGGCACCUGUUGAUAGUAUCAAGAUGUCAGACGAAUGUUUUGGUGGGAGUCAGUUGCCUCCUCUCUGUGGUGGCCCCACACCUUGUGGCGUUGUUGCUGCUACAGAGAGGGAGCAGGACCUUGCCAUCCUCUGCCAAAGCAGCACACCCAUACUCAGCUCAGCCGUCACAGAGCACAGACGGGCAGUGCGUCCGUCCCGUCGGACUCAGGGCUCCAGGAACCCCCUGAGGGCUCUGGCAGCUAGAGAGGACAUCCGGCAGGACUACAUGGGGGACAGGGACAACAAUGCUGCUGAGGAGAGGGGGCAAGCAGAAAAAAAUUGUAAGAACUCCUCCUCACCAAAUUCAUGUCCUGUCACAUCUUCAGAUAAGGAGAUAACCAAGUCUUUCCCUCCGUUCAGCAACCUGAUGCUUAUUCACAUCAAAGGAAGGCAGCAGGUCCAGGUACGUCUGGUUGAACCCUGUGUGCGUUCACUGAACAGCGGAGACUGCUUCCUGCUUGUCACACUGGAGCAUUGCAUCCUGUGGAGCGGAGAGUUUGCCAACAAAGAGGAGAGAUCCAAGGCCCUUGAACUGACAGCCUUUAUCCAGAGCCAAAGGGACCUCGGCUGUCAGGCCUCCCAGGUUGUCCACCUGGAGGAAGGGCUGAACUCUGACAGCUCCCAGGCUGCAGACUUCUGGAGACUUCUAGGAGGAAGAAAACAUUACAGAGGAGCUGGUGCUCCAGAAGAGGAUGAGCUGUUUGAACAAGGAGUGGUGGAGUCUAACUGUGUGUAUAGCCUAGUGGAGGACAGAUUGGUGCCUCAUGAACUGGCCUGGGCCUCCAUUCCCAGUACCUCCCUGCUGGGCUCCUCGGAGGUCCUGGUGUUUGAUUUCGGCAGCGAAGUGUAUCUGUGGCAUGGACGGGAUGUUUCACUCGGCAGGAAGAACGUUGCCCUACAGCUGACUCACCAGGUGUGGGUUGGAGAGUUCGACUACAGCAACUGUCGAGUCAACCCACUGGAUCCCACUCAGUGUAACCUCAGCGUUCAGCCGAGGGGACAGGGCCGUCCCAGCUGGGCUCUGCUGGCCGUGGUCUCCGAGGACAACGAGACGGCUCUUUUCAGGGAAAAGUUCCUGGGCCCGAUGUGUGGAAGCGAAGACACGGUGGAGGUCGCUUCAGAGAGAGAUGAGAUGCAGUCAAUCCGUGUUGAACCACCACAGCCUGAGUACCCAUCAUCAGAUGUCCUGAGUCCCUGUGAUGUUAAAGCUCUGGCAUCCGGUGGGUUGUUGGAAGCAGAUGUGUCAGUCCGGACUGUUCUGGCUGGGGUUGAUGUUCAUAGAGGGUGUGGUGUCAUCACGCUGGAGGAAGGCCAUCAGAUGGAGCUGAGGACUGUUUCAGUGGACACCUGGCAUGUCCAGGAGUUUGAUGACAGUGAAAUUCCAGUGGAGAGCACGGGUCAGCUUCACGAAGGAGAUUCCUACGUGAUCCGCUGGACCUACAGCAUCAGUGCUGUUGAUAACAGAAAGAGCCAGGAUGAAUGUGGAAAUGCUUCCAAAUCAAAGGAGAACACAGCAUUCUUCUUGUGGCGAGGACGGCAUUCCAGCGUCAGCGGUCAGGACACGGCAACUUUUCUGUCCAUUGGGAUGAACAACCACGAAGACUCACAUGUGGUUGUACCUCAGGGUAAAGAACCUCCCUGCUUCCUGCAGCUAUUCCAGGGAGGCCUGGUCAUUCACAAGGGAAACCGAGAGGAACCCACCUCCACUGCAGACUGGCGUCUGUUUUGUGUGCGAGGGGAGCUCCCAGAGGAGGCUUUGCUUCUAGAGGGGGGAUGCUACUGUUCUAGUCUGAGGUCAAGGGGCUGUAUUGUCCUGCUGAACAGCCAGCAGGGGGUGCUGUAUCUCUGGACUGGCUGUAAAGCCCACAGCAGCACCCGAGAAGUUAGUAAGAGGGCAGUGGAGCGUCUCACUCAAAUGAAUCCACCAGAACUGGGUCUCUGCAAAAACAACCAUGUGAAGGUGCAUUUUGUGGAGGAAGGUUCAGAGCCUGUAGACUUCUGGACAGCACUGGGCCAGAUGAACAGAAAGGCCUAUGACUGCAUGCUGCAAGAUCCAGGAAAGUAUACCUUCACUCCUCGCCUUUUCCAUCUGAGUGCCUCUUCCGGUAUAUUUAAAGCGGAGGAGCUCCAGAGUCUGAUCCGGCUGCCAGGGGUCGUGAUGGCCAUGCCCUUUGUCCAGGAAAGCCUGUACACUGUUCCUCAACCAGCCCUAUUCCUGCUUGACAACCGAUUAGAGGUCUACCUGUGGCAGAGAGGUCAGCCUGAGCAAACAGAGAGCUACGCUUCAGCCUGGAGCUUCUGGCAUAACGAGAGAAAGUGUGCCAUGCAGACUGCUCUGCAGUACUGCAAAGAGAUAAACCCGAGAAGGCCCCCCCAGGCAUACCUCAUCUUUGAGGGAUCAGAGCCUCUCACCUUCACUAAUGUCUUCCCCCGCUGGGAGAGGAACCUCGGACCUCUCACACAGAGGGACUCAGGGGAAGUGAAGCUGACCUUGGUGCAGGACGCCCUGGACCAGCUUAUGAAGACCCAGUACUCUGUGGAAGAGCUGUUGCAGAGUCCCUUACCUGACGGAGUGGACCCACAGCACCUGGAGAUCUAUCUGUCUGAUCAGGACUUCCAGGCAAUUUUGGAAAUGAAGCGAGAUGAAUAUGCCUCCCUCCCAAGCUGGAAGCAAACUGACCUGAAGAAAAGCAAAGGGUUGUUUUAUUAGACAACAAGAUUAAGUGAAAGUUGACUGAUAAUUCUGCACCUGGGACUUCUACCUUUAAUAAGAAAGGAAGGUGAAGCGGGAAUAGCACCAUUUUUAUUGCACAAAAGACUGCUUGGAGCGUAAUAAACAGAGAAAGAAAAAUCA